CGACCAUCUUCCAACACCACUUCCCUGCAGCUAUCGACUCCUUUCAAGAUGCUGUGAAGUGCUUGUCUGAGUUCGCCUGCAAUGCUGCUUUUCCCGACACCAGCAUGGAGGCCAUCCGUCUCAUCCGCUUUUGUGGGAAAUACGUCUCUGAGAGGCCACGGGUACUGCAAGAAUACACAAGCGAUGACAUGAAUGUAGCUCCUGGAGACAGAGUCUGGGUCCGAGGCUGGUUUCCCAUCUUAUUUGAGCUCUCCUGCAUCAUUAAUAGAUGCAAGUUAGAUGUGCGAACAAGAGGACUCACCGUCAUGUUUGAGAUCAUGAAGAGCUAUGGCCACACCUUUGAAAAGCAUUGGUGGCAGGACCUGUUUAGGAUUGUAUUUCGGAUUUUUGACAACAUGAAACUCCCUGAGCAACAAUCUGAG